CCCGGUUAGGCGAGACUAGACCAAAAUUAUCUCUCGUGGCAAGAGGACGUGUACCGCACGCUCCGAUAGAAAAUCUCAUUCUGCCACCGAGCCGGAUCAUUCCGGAGUGCAAACAAGAAGCAGAAACACCAACCGGACGCGAAAGUUAAAGCAUCCGCAGGAGUAUCAUCACACGCCGUGAAGAUAACAGAAGUUCGCCAUUAUUGUGAAACACACACAACGCCGCCUAUCAAUUGUGUAAUGCACGAUCCAAGUGUGCGGCGAGCGACAUAGAUCGGCCUGAUUUUUCGCAAAGUGAUUCUGCGUGUGCAUGUGUGUGUCUGUGCGUGUUUACAUCUCUGUAUGUAAGUUGGGUAAAAAUAACCUUUACAAGUGUCGAGGAUCUGUGCAAGAUUCCGGUGUUGUGUGCUAGUCAGUAGCAAGGUGAAAGUGGAAAAGAAUUUCCCCAUCUUUCCGGCUGCCCGCAUCGUCGCACCCCGCGGUGUGUGCAAGACCGUUUUGUGAUAGCUCGCGUGUGUAGUUGUGUGUUGUUUACAUUGUGACGCGUUGCCACGGAAGAAAGUGCCGACGCGGUAUCGCGUGGCCGCAGCGUAACAAUAUCGUACGAUACCGUUGACACACGUCUGCCACAUAAUCACUUUCCUCUCGCAAGCGCGCCCGCCGCCGCCACCGCCACACACGUGGGCAAAAAAGAGAGCCACAGUGUGAAAGCGAACAAGGAAAAGGCACCGAUCCGAGUAGCCGCCAUCGUAAAGCAACAGUAGCGCUAGCAGGGUUAGGCGGGGUAGAGAAACCGAGGGUAGGUGAGGCGCUCCACGUUCGAAUGCCUUCGAGUCAAGGGUACAGCAAAGUUGCGUCGGAACCUCCGAUCGAUCCCGUGGACAGCAGCGCUGCGGACAGUAGCAGUAUGCCUGCCGGUGGUGGGAACGUUGGUGCGGCAACCGCCAUCAUGGGCAAAGCACCGGCCAGCGGUGGCAUUCAGUCCAAUCCGGCGGGGAAAAUCCCGGCCACCAACUCACAGCAGCGCCUGAUGCCGACGGACUCCGACUCGGUAACGUCCUCGAUGGACGAGGGCGAGCUGCGCGUCGCGCGGGGGAACCCGCACGACGAGGACACGGACACAGUCACGACGACGACGACCAGCUCGAUCGGGGCGAACGCCUGGUUCACGGUAGGCGUCCUGUGCUUCGUCAACCUCAUCAACUAUAUGGACCGGUUCACGAUUGCGGGUGUACUGACAGAGAUACAGGAUCACUUUAAGAUCGGCGAUGACGAGGGUGGCCUCCUGCAGACCGCGUUCGUGCUGUCCUACAUGGUCUUCGCACCGCUGUUCGGCUAUCUGGGCGAUCGGUACUCGCGCAAAUGGAUCAUGGUGCUGGGCGUAUCGCUCUGGAGCACGACCACCCUGCUCGGCUCGUACAUGGACCAUUUCGGGUGGUUCAUCACGUUCCGGGCGCUGGUCGGCAUUGGCGAGGCGUCCUACAGCACGAUAGCGCCCACGAUCAUCUCCGACCUGUUCGUCGGCGAGAUGCGAUCGAGGAUGCUGGCCCUGUUCUACUUCGCCAUCCCGGUCGGAUCGGGCUUAGGGUACAUCGUCGGUGCCAAGAUGGCCAGUAUUAUGAACUCGUGGGUAUGGUCGCUGCGCGUGACGCCGGUGCUGGGCGCGAUCGCGGUGGUGCUGAUCGUGAUGCUGCGGGACCCGCAGCGCGGCCAGAGCGAGGGCACACACCACAUGCAGACCACCUCGUACAAGGAGGACGUGAAGGCGAUCAUGCGCAACCGUUCGUUCAUGCUGUCGACCGCCGGCUUUACCUGCGUGGCGUUCGUGACCGGUGCGCUGGCCUGGUGGGGUCCGAAGUUCAUCCAUCUGGGGCUGAUCUCGCAACCGGGCAACGAGCAUGUUACACUGAACGAGGUGUCGUUCAUAUUCGGCGCGAUUACAAUGACGACCGGCAUCAUCGGUGUGCCACUCGGGUCGUACCUGUCCCAGCGACUGAACGCGAAAAACGUAAAGGCCGACCCGUACAUCUGUGCGACCGGUUUGCUUCUAAGUGCGCCCCUGCUGGUCGGUGCCAUGUUCUCGGUGCGGGCGAACAUUUACGCGACGUAUGCGCUAAUCUUUUUCGGCGAACUUGCCCUCAAUCUCAAUUGGGCGAUCGUAGCGGACAUUCUGCUGUACGUCGUUGUGCCUACGAGACGAUCGACCGCAGAGGCCUUCCAGAUUCUUAUCUCGCACGCAUUCGGUGAUGCUGGCAGCCCGUACUUCGUGGGUGUGAUUUCGGAAUCGAUUAAGCGAGUGCUUCGCAUCGUGCACGAUGCCGCCGCAACCGAUGCGUACCACCCGAGCGUCGAAUCGUCAUCCUCCCACUCGAUUGCCGUCCUGUCGCAGCUGGCCGAAAACUCGACCGUGGCCAUGCUGCAGGCCGCCAGCCCGCCGGCAGAGGAUUCGCCGCUGGUGCAGUUCCGUGCGCUGCAGUACGCGCUGUUUUCCACCUGCUUCGUGGAGAUCCUCGGCGGGGUGUUCUUCCUCGUGACCGCGUUCUACAUCGAUCGGGAUCGGGCACGCGUCGAAGCGGUGGUGCUAGGUAAUCAAUCAAAUAAUGCUUCGGCGCACCAGCUAGGUGGAUCCGUAUCGGACAUGGAAGACGCGUUACCACCGCCAAGCACAAGGCAAUAGAAAAAAGAGGAACGACGCGUGCAUACAUAGAGUAAUCACAGUAAUAUCAGAACGAACGCAAAGGCUUUCAUCCCGCGUUGCGAAGGUUGGUCGACAAGGAUUGCAUUUCGCUACGCUCUUGCUUCAAGAGCCGCAGCAGCAGCAGGAGAAGGAUCAUUGAUCGAAGAUGCCUCGGUUCCUAGCGGACUCUCUAUUGGAGCGUUCGUUGCACGACAGCCGACAAAGUGUACGGUAGGGUAGUGUUUAACUAUACCAAGGACUUGCGAAGCAAAGCAAGCAAUGGCAAACACACACAAACAGAACUGAACUCCAAACGUGCACAUCCGCAGCACGUGGUUAAUUGUCAAUACCAUAUAUAUAUAUUUAUAAGCAGUGAAAGAGAGUACACGAUAAGAAGAUAGCGUGAGUGUGUAUGCGUGUGUGAGAGCUAACAGUGCCGCAAGCAGUUCGCUCAUUCUCACGGAGACGUACACGGAGGCGUUUGCAUCAUCACAUUUGUGGCGAGAGAUCAGGUUAGAUUUAAGGACACUUCCCUCAUCCUAGUUAGCACCCAUCCCUCCUGCAGUUAGCUAUACUACUGGAGCGAUCCCCGAUAUCGUUACUUCGUGCUGUGCUUUAACGACGAUUACUAAACCGCUCCGCGGCAGGAGGAGGAAUGAUGCAAGACGCCGUUCUAAAUUGUAAUACGUGUAAAUAGCUCCACUCCACCCCAGCAACACCUCCAUCGUCUAUCAUUCACUCCUCCGGCUGGUGUUCUCCACACUGUGUUAGGGUUAUCCGGUAAGUAGACGCGUUUAGAAUAAUGAAAUUCAAGCCCCAUUCAUCAUCGAAUCACGCAUCGAACGAUCGAACCGCGUUUAGCAACUAAGUAGUGCGUGAUAGUAGAACACAAGCGCAUGGGGAAUGGAAAAUGGGAGGGAAAAGAAAACAGUAUGAUACAAACAAUUUAGGACAUAGUGAAACACGCAAUAGUGACGCGAGCAGGAAAGAAGCGAACACAUCAUCUUUUGGUGUACACGUGCAAUCGAACGGUUUUGUGGGUGUGUGCGGGAUCAUAGAGAGAGAGAUAGAGGGCGAAGAAACCCGAAAGCAAUAGUCUGUGAGAAUGUAUUUUCCGGAAGAGGGGCCAUUUAUAUUGCCUAUAGUGCGUUUUCUAACACGCUGUUGUGUUUUGUAAAUGUAUAAAAAUGCAUCCAUUUUCGGCUGUUUUUUUGGGUAAACUAUUCACAAAAGGCACAAAAGGCGAAACAAAUAAAUACAAGUUUAUGAAUGAAUUGGACUGACAAAAUAAAAAUGAUUAGCGAUUAGCGAACAAUUGUUGAAAAAAAAAACAACAAAGGAACAGUGGUUUUGGAUUGCUUCUGGCCCUUUCUUUUGUUUGUUUUUAAUCACAAACGAUUGUCCGUUACAGGGCAUGCGGCAAUCUAUAUUUGCUCUUUGAUUUUGAUCAAAAUUUUGCAAUCAGUGUGUACUGUUCAGCAAACUCACUCAGCUACCAAACAAAAAAAAAAAGCCGAACGCCUGAACACACUACUGAACCUAGCAGAGCAAAGGGUGACGGGAAGUGAGUCCAUCAUCCCAUUUCAUCGCGCUGUUGCUGUUUUGCCUUACGAAAAUGGUGUGUGAUUGUGUUGUUAAAUUGUGGUUGAGGGGUGCAAUGGGUGCAAAAGACUUCUGGUAGGGAUGCGUUAGUUUGGGUAAGAGUAUAGAGAGAGGUGAUGAUAGUAGUUUGCAAAAACCCAUUUAUUUAUUAUUAGAUUGUCUGUUUUUCUUUACAUUUGGAAGGAAGAAAGGGCGGAGGAGAGGACUAAAAGGUCUAGGGGUUAACGAAAGGAGAAACCAAGCGACGGUUCGGACGGUGCAAAGGAAUUGAUAGCGAAUGGAAUAAAUCGAAAACGUAUAUAAUUUA